CCUAUCCCCAUUUUGUCAGUCAACGAGAAAGAUACGAUAGUCAAAUACAGUGCACUCGAGCUAGUGACUGACUGACGAACUGCGAAGGUUCGUCGAACGAAGCGCCUAACUUUGGAAUUGUUUGACUGUGAGAUUCUGCUGGUUUGCGGAUUUGGUUCCAUUUCGGCCCCCCGCAAGACUCUGAGUCUCUCAAUCCCACCAGCCGUUUAAUCAGUUGGGUCCUUUGGCUGCGAUAACAUUACGUAACUAGAGCCGGAAAGCAGUAUCAUCAUGGAUAGGAUGCGCUGGACCGAACAGUCCGCCAGUCGAGUGGGCUGUCCAACUAUAAAAAACCAUUCGGUCACCCACUUUGGCGAUUAUCUGUUUUGCUUUGGUGGCUACGACGGCCGUCGCAACCACAUGACCUUACUGAUUUAUAGCAUUCUAGAGCAACGCUGGUUUCGUCCUCACCACGCGAUGGGAACGGAAGGACAGGGCUCUAAUUUUCUCGGCGAUCCCAGUUUUCUAGUCCAGGGCACCCCACCUCCGGGGCGGAACGGACACUCCGCCACGCUGGCCGCGGAUCCCGACGACGAAGAGAAUGGGCGAGUUAUCAUCAUUGGUGGAUGGCUAGGGACAGGGCCGCUAGCCGCUUCCGACAUGCAUGUUCUAGAUAUUAGUGGCGCUGGCAGACAAUUGCGAUGGUACCAGCCUCCCAUCAAAGGAACGCCGCCCGGACCUUGCAAUAUGCAUUCCGCAGAUUACGUGUCUGCGUUAAAAGAAGUUUUUGUCUUCAGAGGCGGGAACGGACGGGAAUAUUUGAAUGACUUGCAUGCCUUGCAUGUGGAAACCUUGACCUGGAGACGAGUUGAAACGACGGGGGCGAUUCCUCAGCAACGCGCUAACCAUUCGUCGGCCUUUCUGGAAGAAACGCAGGAGUUGUUCGUUUUCGGUGGCUGGAACGGUACAGAGCGUUUGAAUGACAUUCACAUACUUGACACGGCCACGAAUACAUGGACCUGUCCGCGAGUUGGUGGUGUACUACCUCAUCCUCGUGCAGGUAUGACUUUGACGGCACUGCGUGGACGGCUGUACUUGUUUGGUGGUAGCGGUACGUCCGCCAAGUGCUUCCAGGAUUUGCAAAUUCUAGACCGUCAGACAAUGGCUUGGCUAGAUGUCACCCAGUACGAGACUGGCCGCAACGGCCACCACGAUUCAGAACACGAGACUACGGGAACAUUUCGCUUCGGUGGAAGUCACACACUAGACGAUGGUCAAUCUCAUAUGUACGGUCAUCUCGAAGAGACUCCCCGUUUCACCUUCGGAGGUGCUCAGCAAGAUAACAGCCUAGAUGCCAAUCAAGAGGCCGUCGCCCGCCCACCUCAGCAAGGAGGGGGACAGGACGGUGCAUCGCUUUCGUUAGGUUCCUUUACGAGUAGCCGCGCUGAUUGGCACGCUCGUGAUAUGGCGGCUCGACAUCGUCAACCGGCAUUGCCCAACGUUUCUCCGAAUCCCAAUGACGAGGACUCGGUACCCGCGGUAUUGAUCGACGGUACGGGACCUGGGAGGCGUGCUGGUCACACGGCGACGGCGGUGCAUCGCAAAAUAUUUGUUUUUGGUGGCUCGUGCGGAUCUGAUUAUUUGAACGAUUUCUUUGUUCUCGAUACAGACCCUCCCCCGCAUGCGCUGGUAUCAGAGCCUACCAGCGUUCAACUCUUCGAACGUCGUUUGCGGCACUUUUUUAACGAUGAAGAAUUUUCGGACGUCACUUUCGUCGUUCAGGGGGAGAAGGUUUACGGUCAUAAAAUGGUAUUGUCCAUUGUUUCGGAUUGUUUCCGUGCCAUGUUCACAACCGGGUUUCGCGAGUCGGAAGCGAUGGAGAUCGAAAUACCUGAUUGCAGCCACGCGUCGUUCUUAUCCGUGAUGGAGUACGUCUACACGGGAGCCUUACCAAAAAUGGAUAUGGCCAAUCAAGAUCGGGAUCGGAGCUUGACUCGCGUGGUCGAAAUGCUGGAGCUAUCCGACCGAUUCUUUUUAGACCAUCUGAAACAAAUAUGUGAGAGCAUCUUGCAGCCGGCGGUGACCCACGAUACGGCAGAAUAUCUUUUGGGGAUCGCUCAGAAAACGAAUGCGAGUCAAUUGCAGUCCAUUUGCGAGCACUUUGUGCGCAACCGCAACGAGAUUGCGUAGUAGACUAUUUCGCGCGCGAUGGAGCUUUGGUGUAGAGUUGUAAGAUAGGUGCGUUGUUACUAUUAGUACG